GAGACAAUUCCAAUGACAAAAAUGAAAAUCAGUAGGGACUCCUUAAAGGAAAAAAUCCAAGAAAUGCAGCAGUUCUUUGGGCUAAACGUGACCGGGCAGCUGGACACUUCUACUCUGGAGGUGAUGCACAAACCUAGAUGUGGAGUGCCUGAUGUCCAUCAUUACAGCACAUUUCAAGGAAGGCCAGUGUGGAAGAAGCAUGAAAUCACCUACAGAAUCAAUAAUUACACUCCUGACAUGAAGAAAGAGGAUGUUGACUAUGCCAUCCAGAAAGCUUUUCAAGUAUGGAGUGAUGUGACCCCCCUGAAAUUCAGAAGGGUUCAUGCAGGAGAAGCUGACAUUAUGAUAUCUUUUGCAAGUGGAGCUCAUGGAGAUUUCAACCCUUUUGAUGGCAAAGAUGGGAUCUUAGCCCAUGCUUAUGAACCUGGACCUGGUAUUGGAGGAGAUGCACAUUUUGAUGAGGCAGAAACCUGGAGUAAAAAUCAACAAGGGACCAAUUUAUUCCUGGUUGCUGCUCAUGAACUUGGCCACUCCCUGGGUCUCUUUCAUUCGGCCAACCCUGAAGCCUUGAUGUAUCCAGUCUACAAAUCCUUCACAGACCUGGCCCGCUUCCGCCUUUCUCAAGAUGAUGUGGAUGGCAUUCAGUCCCUCUAUGGUUCAGGACCUGCCACUGACCCCCCUCGGAAUCCCCUGGWGCCCACAAAGUCUAGCUCACCAGAGUCUGGGCUAGGCUCACCACCAGCCAUGUGCGAUCCUGCUUUGUCCUUUGACGCAGUCAGCACCCUCAGGGGAGAAAUCCUAUUCUUUAAAGACAGGCAUUUUUGGCGCAAAUCUCUCAGGGCCCUGGAACCUGAGUUUCAUCUGAUCUCUUCAUUUUGGCCAUCCCUUCCUUCAAGUGUGGAUGCUGCAUGUGAAGUUACUAGCAAGGAUACUGUUUUCAUUUUUAAAGGAAACCAGUUCUGGGCCAUCAGAGGACAAGCAGUAGAAGCUGGUUACCCACGAAGCAUCUACACACUGGGUUUUCCCUCAACAGUAAGGAAAAUUGAUGCAGCCAUUUCUGAUAAAGAAAAGAAGAAAACUUACUUCUUUGUAGAGGGUGAAUACUGGAGAUUUGAUGAGAAGAGCCAAUCAAUGGAGCCAGGCUUUCCCAGGCAGGUGGCUGAAGACUUUCCAGGGGUGGACUCAAAGGUUGACGCUGUUUUUGAAGCAUUUGGGUUUUUCUAUUUCUUCAAUGGAUCUUCACAGUUGGAGUUUGAUCCAAAUGCAAAGAAAGUGACACACAUCUUGAAGAGUAACAGCUGGUUUAAUUGUUAG